AGGCCGACGCUGGUUAGCUGGAGUUGUUUGGGCUGUAGGGGGAGAGAAGUGUAGCAGGCAGUGCUGAGAGGGUUUCAUUUGAUGUUGGUGCUCCUGGGCCGCACAGUUCCGCUGUCAUUCGUACACAGAGUCACUACCUGCUGUCCAUCCUCACUGUCGAGGCCCGUGUUUGUCAGCUCCGUGCUAAUAAAAUUCAGGGGGACAACUAGCGCUUCAUAUAGCACCGUCUUCGUUAGUGCAGCCGGCCAAAAUACAGGAACCAUGCCCGAAAGGAGGCCCUUCGUACGGUUACCAACUGACGUUUACCCCGUCAACUAUGGCUUGUGUCUGAAGCCCGACUUGAUUGACUUCACUUUCGAAGGCAAGCUGGAGGCACUGGUGGAGGUUACACAAGCCACAAAUCAGAUUGUGAUGAACUGUGCUGACAUCGACAUCAUCACAGCUUCCUUUGCACCACAGGGAGGAGAAGAAAUCAAUGCUACAGGCUUCAACUAUCAAAACGAGGAUGAGAAAGUCACCCUGUCAUUCCCUAGUGCUCUGCAGAAAGGCUCUGGUACGUUGAAGAUCGACUUUGUCGGGGAACUGAAUGACAAAAUGAAAGGAUUCUAUAGAAGUAAAUAUACAGCUGCUGCUGGAGAGAUCCGCUACGCUGCUGUAACACAGUUUGAGGCUACGGACGCUCGCAGAGCUUUCCCCUGUUGGGAUGAGCCAGCUAUCAAAGCCACCUUUGACAUCGCUCUGAUAGUUCCCAAGGACCGAGUAGCCUUGUCAAAUAUGAAUGUGAUUGAUCGAAAGCCAUAUCCAGAGGAUGAAAACCUUGUGGAAGUAAAGUUUGCCACCACACCCAUCAUGUCCACAUACCUUGUAGCUUUUGUCAUUGGUGAAUAUGAUUAUGUGGAGAGUCAGUCAUCAGAUGGUGUAACAGUACGUGUCUACACGCCAGUUGGGAAGGCAGAACAAGGGAAAUUUGCACUGGAGGUUGCAACUAAGACCUUACCUUUCUACAAUGACUACUUCAGUGUUCCUUAUCCAUUGCCUAAAAUUGAUCUCAUAGCUAUUGCUGAUUUUGCUGCUGGUGCCAUGGAAAACUGGGGCCUUGUUACCUACAGGGAGACGGCACUGCUAAUCGACCCGAAGAACUCCUGCUCGUCUUCCAGGCAGUGGGUGGCGCUGGUGGUUGGACACGAACUCGCCCACCAGUGGUUUGGAAACUUGGUCACCAUGGAAUGGUGGACCCAUCUGUGGCUUAAUGAGGGAUUUGCAUCCUGGAUUGAGUAUCUGUGUGUGGACCACUGCUUCCCAGAGUACGACAUCUGGACCCAGUUUGUGUCAGCCGACUACACCCGCGCUCUAGACCUGGACGCACUGGACAGCAGCCAUCCUAUAGAGGUGAAUGUGGGCCAUCCAUCAGAGGUAGAUGAAAUCUUUGAUGCCAUCUCCUACAGCAAAGGAGCAUCUGUGAUCCGCAUGUUGCACAACUACAUAGGAGAUGAGGACUUUAGGAAAGGAAUGAAUGCCUAUCUUGUGAAAUUCCAACAUAAAAAUGCAUCGACAGAGGACCUGUGGGACUGUCUGGAACAGGCCAGUGGGAAACCCAUUGCUGCAGUGAUGGGCUCAUGGACCAAGCAAAUGGGCUUCCCAAUAAUAGUAGUCGACCAGGAACAGCAAGGGGAGGACCGCAUCCUCAAGAUAUCUCAAAAGAAGUUCUGUGCCAGUGGACCACACAACGGUGAGGAAUGCCCCAACUGGAUGGUCCCCAUUAGCAUUUGUACCAGCGAGGACCCCAAAUGCACCAAACUUAAGGUUCUGCUGGACAGACCAGAGACCGCCAUCACUCUGAGUGGUGUCAGCCCAGACCAGUGGGUCAAGAUCAACCCUGGCACCGUGGGUUUCUACCGCAUCCAGUACAGCUCGUCCAUGCUGGAGAGUCUGCUGCCGGGCAUCAGAGACCUCAGCCUGCAGCCUGUGGACCGACUCGGCCUGCAGAACGACCUCUUCUCUCUAUCUCGUGCAGGGAUGAUCAGCACGGUGGAGGUGCUGAAGCUGAUGGAGGCGUUCGUCAACGAGCCCAACUACACAGUGUGGAGCGACCUCAGCUGCAACCUGGGAGUGUUGUCUUCGCUGCUGUCCCACACAGACUUCCACGAGGAGAUCCAGGAGUUCAUUCGAGACCUCUUCACCCCCAUCGGCCUUGAGCUGGGCUGGGACAGCAAACCAGGGGAAGGUCACUUGGAUGCCCUAUUGAGAGGUUUGGUUCUUGGGAAGUUGGGCAAGGCAGGACACAAACCCACACUGGAGGAGGCCCGACGGAGAUUCAAGGACCACAUGGAGGGAAAGCAGGUUCUGCCUGCAGACCUAAGGAGCCCAGUGUAUCUAACAGUGCUGAAGCAUGGAGACAGUGCCACACUGGACACAAUGCUGAAGCUCCACAAACAAGCAGACAUGCAGGAGGAGAAGAAUCGCAUUGAGCGAGUGCUUGGCGCCAUCUCUGCCCCCGACCUCAUCCAGAAAGUCCUCAACUUCGCCCUCUCGGAAGAGGUCCGUCCCCAGGACACGGUGUCGGUAAUCGGAGGAGUAGCAGGAAGCAGUAAACAUGGUCGGAAAGCUGCCUGGAAGUUUGUCAAGGAUAACUGGGAGGAGCUGUACAGCCGCUACCAGGGAGGUUUCCUCAUAUCACGACUUAUUAAGCUCACAGUCGAUGGAUUCGCAAUUGAUAAAAUGGCUGCUGAAGUGAAGAGUUUCUUUGAAAGUCACCCGGCGCCAGCAGCAGAGCGCACAGUUCAGCAGUGCUGUGAGAACAUCCUCCUCAAUGCCGCCUGGCUGAAGCGCGACGCGGACGACAUCCACCAGUAUCUACUGCAGCGCAAAGCACCUCCCGUCUGAGCCAGCCUCGCCGCCUCCUCCAGUCCCCUCCCCCUUCCCUCCAGCGCGGACCUCCCAGCAUCAUAGCUGCCUCGGCCCCCCUCACUACCGACCAGAGCGGGAGACCAGAGCGUACUUACAGCAGGCUUCAUUUCUCGAAAGACACUGUAUGACACAUGAAGAUAAAGCCAAGAAUUUAACAAAGUGUUGGAAACACAAAGAGACUCUUUUUACGUUAACAAGCGAAAUCCAUUUUAGUCAGACCAGGAAUGUAGAUUUAGCCCCAUUCUGUCCACGGGCAGACGACACGUCAGCCGGUCGGCACGUCACAUUAUCAAAGCAGUGCUCGGCCGAGUCGCAGAGUCGCCCCUGAAAUGAUUGGUAGCCCUGCUAGUGUAAACUGUAUCACAUACCCAAUAUGCACACCUUCAUCCACGUCUGCGUUGUAGCUGAAGAAACUGUGAAGCCCCGCCCCUUUUCUCCCCUUUUACCUGCUGCCACUCAUUUUGAACGCAUGAAGUGUGAUUUUCUACAUUUGCUGCUUUAUUUACUUCACUCACUUUUCUGUACAAACGGUCAUCCACUGUUUCUCUACUUCAUCCUCACACCUUCCCCCUCCUUCCUGUCCUUCAGGCGUUAUGAUUGGGUGAAAGCAGAAGGCUCCUGGGCAGAAUGGGGUUAAUAACAGUAGUGUGUGUUGUAGUUUCCAACAGCACUGAUUCUCCAUAGCUAAUCGACGGUUAGGACGAGGCGAGCAGCGCUAGGCAUGGUACUAUAUUUGUAAACUGUUUAAUGCAAGCAUUUUAUGCGGAUGUUCCUUUAAAAGAAUUAAUGGAAAAGUUCAUGGAUACUUGUUUCCACUCCCCUAUUCGCCCCCCCAAAAAACCUUUCAAACUCUGUUUAGUCAGAGUUUGUAUGUUUUAAAUCAUCCACAAGCAUAUUUAAUCCAGUUUCUGUUAUUUGCCACCCACAAUGAAAUGAAGAUGCAGGCGUGUUUUUAUAAGACAUCAGAUGCAGUGAUUUAUUUAAAUGUUGAGAUAAUCUUAUAUAUUGAGGAGAGGGAAAGAAAAAGAUCACAACACUACUUAUCGGGGCCUUUUCAUACUGAAGUACCAUCAGGAAACGCCUCUUCAUAGGGUUGAGAGUCCACUGAGGCCCGGUCUGGACUUUGUGGACGUGACAGAUCGACUUUGACUCCGCUGUCGAACUUGGAAGCCUUAACAUGGUCGACUGGUUUGCAGUAAAUAUUAAACACUGAAGUGGUGAUAGUAGGUGACUUCCACAUAACAUCAAAUGUAUCUAAUGUGACAGAUUAUGCAGACUUGUUUAACGAGUAUAUCUAUAUAGAAUUUACAAUUUGAUGUGGUUUUUGGGAACAUACCGACCGUCAUCCAACCUGUUGUCGAGACACUUUCCCCCCUGGAGCAUUUGUUGUUGUUUUCUUUUUGUUUAUUUCUUUUUUCUUUUUUUGUUAAAAAUUACAGUUGGUGUUCAUUAAAGUGAAAAAGGCUUAUAAAAACAAAUGAUGUGAAAUCAGUACACGUUGAUUUUAAUGAGUGAGGUGUGAGUGCGCAUGGCUGGAGGCAGAUAUGUAAUUUAUUUUGAAUUGUCUCACAUUUUAAGAAGUGCGGCAGUGAUCAUAUUGAAUUAAAAGUGGUUAUAGCAGCAGGUGAAUAAUGUGUAUAUGUAACGGUUAAAUUAAAACAAAGGAGACUAAAAUUGGAAACCGAUGUCCAUGCUGUCGCACAAGGGAAGUUAAAACACAUCUUGGUUUCAUAAAGUGUCUGUAGAAAAUGUUCAGGCGGUGUUUGCUCUGAGUUUGUCGACUGUGCUGAUACGUUUAAUGUUUUCUUGUCUUUUUCAGAUGAAUCUGAUUUUAGUUCAACAUGUGGAAUGUCUUUGUGGUUCUGACUUUAAGACGAGGAAAAGCUGUCACCCCAGACAGCUCUGACUUUAGUGUUGCCAAGGCAAAUGUAAAUAUGCAGUCCAAUAAAGUAACACUUGAUGAUA